AGAGAGAGGGAGGUCAAAAAGGCUCAGAUCCUUCCAUUUAUUUUCCCUCUGUGUGCCUUUUCAGACCACACACUCACUGAUCAUUUCUCCGCCAGAUUGUCGACAGCAAGUUGAUUUACUCUUCUCAGAAAUAGAGCACAAAAAUUGACAGAGGCUUAAGAUUUAAAAAAGAGCUUAACUCACAACACAGACGUACUGAACAAAAGAGUGAGAUAGGAAGUAAAAAAGAGAGGUAGAGAGGGGCAGGUUGACAGACGAAGAGGAAGUUGAUGUCUCUGGGAGGAAAUGGCUCGUGGAGGGGCUCUGUCCCAUCCUCCAUCCCUCCUGCCUUCCUUUCUCACCUCUCCCCCAGCACUGACCUGGGAGUUGCCAUCUUCCUCAUCCUCACAGGUGUAGUGUCAGUGGUUGGGAAUGGCAUAGUGCUGUUGGUUUACUGUAGAAAGAAGAAGAAACUCAGACCACCAGAACUCAUGACUAUUAACCUGGCCAUCUGUGAUUUUGGAUACAGCCUCUUGGGGGCGCCAUGCCUCAUAAUUUCCAGUGUGUCCCAUGGCUGGGUGUUUGGGGAAGCAGGGUGCCUGUGGUACGGGUUGCAGGGCUUUGUUUUUGGGAUCGGCUCCCUCAUCACCACCUGUCUCAUCUCUCUGGACCGCUGCCUCAAGAUCUGCAGCUUCAGAUACGGUCAGUGGAUCGAGAAACGUCACAUGUCCAUGUCCAUAGGGCUGGUGUGGUUCUACUCUCUAUUCUGGGCCUCCCUGCCUGUUUUUGGCUUCGGCAGCUACGGACCAGAACCCUUUGGGACCAGCUGCACCAUCAACUGGUGGGGGAUGAGGUCAUCUUUGAUCGACAGGCUCUACAUCUUGCUGAUCCUGAUCAUGUGCUUCUUUCUCCCCACACUGACCAUCGUCGCCUCCUACAUGACCAUUCUGCUGACGGUUUACCGUUCUAGUCGCGCUCUGGCAUCUAUUCCCUCCUCAACUGUCACUCACACCAACAAAGACCUGAGACUCACAAAGAUAGCAGCUGUGGUGUGCUCCACCUUCCUCUUAUCCUGGACUCCCUAUGCCAUUGUCUCCCUCUACUCUGCCUUGGCCCCCAAGGAGGAGCAUUGGGCCGGGGAGGCCAUGCAGGGAGGAGGCCCCUCCAUGGGGACUGGAGGAUCCACCGGGAUGGCCUCAGCCUUCCCAAACAUCCCCAGCAUUAUGGGUCUCCUCAAUUGGACCUCCACGGAAAACUACGGAAGCAACUACGGAAGUGUCUACUACGACCCUGGAGAAUCCUUGCGGGACGUGACCAACCCAGAUCCAUACUCCUAUUCUGGCUUAGGCCACAGUCUGCCUGCUGCUUCCACGCGCAGUUCAGCCCCAGGCCAGGAGGGGGAGUCGGAGACAGGGAGCAACCAGCCGGUGUCCUGCCUGCCACCUAUGGUGUCUCUGAUACCAGCAAUGUUUGCCAAGUCUCACUGCAUGAUUAACCCUUUCAUCUACCAGAUCAUGAACAAGGAGUUCAGAGAAGACGUGUACGACAUGCUGUUUGGGAGACAGAACGGGGAGAGGAGGAGAAUGCAGGGAAGAGCAGGGAGCUACUCUGACACCCCCAAAGGCAGCCUCUCCUACUGCCACAGCUGGCAAGGGAGGAGCAACCCCAAGGCCAUGCCCAUGGUGGAGUUGGGGAAGAAAGAGAGGGCUGGUGACACCAUCUCAGUGGGGUGGGAUGCACUGGGCGUGGCCUCGCUGGACACACAGGUCAACAUGGACGGGCAGAGUCUGAGCGAAGCAGGGAGAGAGCUGGGGGGUUCCACCUCUAGUAGUCUGAUGACCGAGUGAUAGAGGGAGAGAUGGAUAAGAGAUGUUGAGAGGAUGGAGGUGUUUAGGAGCAGAGACCUCUUUAAAAACAGCUUUAAAAUAAAACAUGUUUUGUGUAAGAACAACCAGAGUAUUGUAUCAUAGUGAGUGUUUUGAGUAGUGACUCUUUUUUAAAUGUAGCCAAAACAUUAGUAUUAUUAUAUAACCAACAAUUAUGAUAUGCAAAAUAUAUACUGUUGUAUUUUUACAUAUUGUGUGCAUUUUUUCCUUUAUAUCUAAGCACCAACAAGAUGUCUGCUGCAGUUUUGAAAAUGGUAUUCCAUCUUUUAUUUUAGUCUAUUUUGUAGUUUUUUUGUUGUCUUUGUCAACACUGUCCUGAUAGGCCUGUGGGUUAUGGUUCACAUUAUAGUUUCAUUCAAUAGAAUAGUGUGUAAAAUUGUAUGUGUGUAUUUUGUAACAAAAUAAAAUCGAGCCAAGU